AUGUUAAGGGAUUUAAAGGGAUAUAAAAAGUGUCAAAUAAGCACCUCCUCAUUAUUUUAUUAUUAUAUCCUGAAACAGAUUCAAAAAUUACGCAAGCACAUAGAGGAUGUAGCAGUAGAAGAGCCUUACAUGGGAGAGAGAAUCCCUUUGAACUGGCUGACGUUUGAUGAUCAGAAGGAAAAGAUAAGUGGUGGAAAACCUGUUAUGACGCUGAAACAGGUAAUGAAGGGCAUUGAGAUGGAAGAUGAACCUGAACUGCUGACGAUGCUAAAGUUCUAUCACGAUCUUGGCCACAUAAUAUACUUUGGAGGGGAUGGUGCCAAGAAAAGCAAGACGCUGAAAGAUGUUGUCAUUCUGGAUCCCCAUUGGCUGAUCAAUGCCUUCAAGAAGAUCCUCAUUGUUGAACCUCGAAAAGAACAGACCGUAAAGUAUCGCCAGUCUUGGAAUCUACUGAAAGACGAAGGAAUAUUGGAGGACUUGCUUAUUGACCUCGUGUGGCAAAGCAUCAGUGAGCACAAACAAGCCCUGCUGGAUCUGAUGGACAAGUUUGACCUUCUCUGUAAGCGUGUUGAUGAGGAGGAAGAGCACAGCAGCCCUGCUUCAUCCAUGGCCAGACAGCCUUGCCUUGCAAAAGCAUCUUAUUAUGUGCCUUCAAUGUUGCGGCAGCGGACAUCACGUCCAAUUCAACUUGAGACAAUUGAGAAGAACUCAAGUGUAUUCUUUGUGGACUUCAAAGAAUUCCUCCCUGAUGGAUUGUACCAUCGGCUGGUUGUGCGAGCUUUGCGAUGGUCUCAAGACUUGGGUGGAAGAAAGCCUGACUUGCUCUACGAUCGAGCAAGUUUCUAUGUGGAUGAACAUCAUCAGUUCGCCCUGCAAAUGGUGCACCAACCAAAGCGUGCAUACAUCAAAGUGAGUGUCAUCAGGGCGGAAGUUAUUCCGCCCCCACAAUCCGUCAAGAAACCUUCAGCUGAUGUAACACGUAAGGUUAAAGACUUUGUUGAAGAGAAUCUGCUGAACUUGAAAACCAUGUGGAUUGAGCGAGUCGACUACUGCAUUAGUGUGCAGUGUCCUGAUAAGAAACACAAGGUUAUCCACUUCCUACCACUGGAUGAAUGCAUGGUAAACUCAGCAGUUGACUGCUACUUUGAGUAUUCUCGAGUAUCCAUCAAAACAGAUGAAAUCCAAGCCAUGUUCAAGCAGAAAAGCCCCGAGGAAGAAGCUUCCGCUCGUGAAGAGAGACAGCCCAUGAGCGAUAUCUUUUUCAGAGAGAUAGCAAACGACAUCGGUAGAGAGUGGAAGCGAUUGGCCACAAACCUUCAUUUAAAACAUGUAGCAGUUUUCAAGAUUGAGAUAGAGCAUAGAGAAUCGGUUGAUGAGCAAAUAUUCCAAAUGCUGGUACUGUGGAGGCAAAAGCGUGGAAAUAAAGUGAACGAGAUGCGCAAAGAGCUCAUCGAUGCACUGAUAAAAGUGGACAGACGUGACCUAGCAGAUAAAGUGCGGGAUUACUGA